AUGGAUCCCGCCGGCAUCAAUUCGGGCGAUUUGGGAGCCGGAGCCGUUCCUGUUGGGUCGGGUGAUGUUAGCUACGCCACCGUCUACCUCGUGCGCAAUGCGCUCGCCGGCAUCGAGCGAGCAACGUGUUCGACCGAGCGGCUUGCUGUGCGGACGGCUUCUUGUGGCUCUCGUCGAGAGCGUUUUGCGGCCCGGCGGGUGGGAGAGCAUGUGUCGUCUGAUGUCGCGGAACUCGUUGAGUACUCGCAGCCUUUCUGCGCCUCCGUCUGGGCAUAUCGGCUGCUCGGCAAGAGCAGUCUUUCCGGAAGAUAUCGACGGUUUUCGAGAGCCACCCGCUUGGGAGCGAUUGAGCGCGUCACGGAGGACUUCAGCAAGCCGCUCGUCGGACAGGCGUGCUCGCUUGAUGUCGGCGAGCGCAUUGCGCACGCUUUGAACGGUGGCGAAGCCAAAAACACCGAUGGUGGCCGUCCGCCGGCGUAUGCGGCGGCGAUCGGUCCCUAA